AUGGAAAUAGCACACAAUAUCACAGGGUUUUUCAUGCUGGGACUCUCACAGAAGCCAGAGGUACAGAGAGUUCUCUUGGUGGUCUUUGUGGUGAUCUAUGUGGUCACAAUGUGUGGCAAUAUGCUCAUUGUGGUCACGGUCACCUCCAGCCCCACUCUGACUUCCCCUAUGUAUUUUUUCCUGGCCAAUCUGUCCUUUAUUGACACCUGUUAUUCUUCUUCUAUGGCUCCCAAACUCAUUGCUGACUCCUUGUAUGAGGGGAGAACUAUUUCUUUUGAGGGAUGCAUGGCUCAGCUUUUUGGAGCCCAUUUUUUGGGAGGUGUUGAGAUCAUUCUGCUCACUGUCAUGGCCUAUGACCGCUACGUGGCCAUCUGCAAACCCCUGCACUACACCACCAUCAUGACCAGGCAUCUCUGUGCCAUGCUGGUGGGGGUGGCUUGGCUGGGGGGCUUCCUGCACUCCCUGAUUCAGCUCCUCUUGGUCCUUCAGUUGCCCUUCUGUGGGCCCAAUGUGAUUGACCACUUUGUCUGUGACUUGUAUCCUUUGCUGGGACUCGCCUGCACCAACACGUAUGUCAUAGGUCUGCUGGUGGUUGCCAACAGUGGUGUGAUCUGCCUGCUCAACUUCCUCAUGCUGGCUGCCUCCUACAUUGUGAUCCUGCGCUCACUGAGGUCCCACAGUGCAGAGGGGAGACGCAAAGCCCUCUCCACCUGUGGGGCUCACUUCACUGUUGUUGCCUUGUUCUUCGUGCCUUGUAUAUUUACUUACAUGCGCCCUUCAUCUACUUUGUGUAUAGACAAAAGCAUGGCAGUGUUUUAUGGUAUUCUGACACCCAUGUUGAAUCCCAUAAUUUACACUCUGAGAAAUGAGGAGGUGAAAUGUGCUAUGAGAAAGCUCUUAUAUAGAAAAUCUAGCAAUGUGGUUAAUUGA